UGAGCCUCUGCAGGGUGGUUGAAGGGACAGCCCGGGGAUACUCGGUUAGAUAACGGAAAGAGCACGUUCCCUUUGAAUUACAGAACCGCUGCGGUUGGAAGAGGCCUCUGGAGAUCAUCCAGUCCAACCCCGCUGCCAAGGCAGGGUCACCUAGGGCAGGUUACAUAGGAGCGCGUCCAGUUUAAGAUCAUCGCACUUCAUCCUGCCGCUGGUCACCACCGAAAAGAGUCUGGCAUCAUCCUCUUGGCAGCCGCCUUUGAAACGUUUAAAUGUAUUAAUGAGAUGCCCUCUUGAAGGCGGAGCAGGUCCCCAAGGAGGCUGUGAAACCUCCGUGCUCAGGCUGCUCAGCUUGGCUGGGCACUUACCCCCGUCUAGUGAUACCGUUUUAGUUGUAUUGAAUAAAAUGCCAUGGGGUAAUUACAAGAGACUAAACGCAGUGUGGUAUGCUAUGUCAAUACUGCCUGGUCUAAGCUGAAGAGCAGCAGCACAAAUGCCACUUUGAGGGCCUCUGCCCUGGGGAACUCUGGAGACAGCCCUGUGAGCUCCUCACUCUGUUUUCCUGGCUUAGUUUAGUGGCAGAGAAACUUUUGAAAUGCAGAGAGUGACAUUGAGAAGGUCUUGGGAGGUGCUCUAGCUGCAGUGAUAAUUAUUUGUGUUUCAGGGUGGUUUUAGAAGCAGAAGUCAUACUUCAUUUGUUAGAAUCUUUAAUGUCAUAAUCCCACACAAAACACUAGAUUUAAAUUACAGUUUAAAAUAUUUUAUCUUUCUAGUUCCGUUUUUAUGGCCCUUUUAUUGAAGAAAAGAAUGAGCCUAACAGUGAGGUGCAAUUAGUUUUAUCACUAGUCUGUACCAUGGCUGUAAGACCUUCUUCAGGUGUUCACUUAGACUUUGUAAGAUACCCCCACAGCCCCAUGAAGGUGCUGGGUAGCAUAUUCUGUGUCUCAGAGAGCUAUCAGCCUCUUAUAUAACCAUGGUCAGAGCAUUCUGCAAGUGCCCUGCAGUCUUCAAUCAGCCUGUCAAUAUCCGGCACAGUUUUAGGUGCUUAGUUUAAUUGUGAAUUUACAUCCAAGUGAUAAUACAAAAUGAUUGGCUUGCCUAGUGUUAGGCAAUAAAUCCAGGAAUAGCAGAUGUUCCAAAUCUCAAUGUCCUGCUUCCUGGAAGAUCCUUUCUUUUACAGCUUAUUCUGCACAUGGCUGCAUCUGCCCCAUUUUAUGUGGACAGCACCACACAAGGACAGAAGUGGAAAACUGGAAACUUUUGUUUUAUAAUAGCUUGAAUGAAUAGUAAUAAAUAAGCCUUUCUUCAUAGAAUCAUAGAAUGUUUGGAGUGGAAGAGGCCUUUAAGAUCAUCUAGUUCCAACCCCACUGCCAUGGGCCAGGACACCUUGCACUAGACCAGGUUGCUCAGAGCACCACCCAACCUGACCUUGAACACUUCCAGGGAUGGAGCAUCCAGAACUUCUCCAGGGAGCCUGGUUGUUUCACCACCCUCACAGUAAAGAAUUUUUUCCGAAUGUCUAAUAUAAACCUACUCUCUUUCAGUUUGAAGCCAUUCAUCCUUGUCCUGGCAUUCCAGGCCUUUGUAAAAAAUCUCUCUCCACCUUUCUCAUAGGCUCCUUUCAGGUACUGGAAGGCCACAAUUAGGUCACCUCAGAGCCUUCUCUUUUCCUCAGUGGCUUAACAAUCCCAAUGCUUUUGAAGACUGUGAAAAGAAUUGAUAUUAAAACUUAUUUUCCCCACAUCUAAUCAGAGUGGCUUCUUAAACAAAUGCACAGCUUUUCAGUUUUCUAGAAUGUUUCUUUGCAGUGGUAAUGAUGAGCCAGGUUCCUUGGUGAGUGUUGAACUGGGCUCUCAGAUACAUCAGCAUAUAUUAGUGUUAUUCAUUAAUAAUGGAAAUCAGGUAACCAGGAAACACACAAAAGGAUCAUGAAUGGUGAAUUUCCCCCACCUGCUUUACAUGUCUCCUACCUACCUUCCAACCCAGUGAAUUACUUCCUUUGCAGUAUAUUUUAUAUAUUUGAAACACAUGAGUUUCACAUGGAAAAUCAUAAUUGUAAAAUCAUAAGAUAGAAACAUUUUAAUCUUAUGUCUUGCAGAUAUAAAAGGUAAUAAAAUGAUUCUAAGCAUGGCUGUUUUGCUGGCUUUCUUCACAGAGUAAUAGUGAACAUCAUUCACAGUGUCCAAGGGUACCAUUCAAAGACAAUACAUUUUCUGAAUGUGGCUUUUGACAGUUCUGGGGAUUCUCUCCUCGCUGGAGACCGCCAAGGGAAUAUAUAUGUUUUUGACCUGAAUGGGAACAGGUUCAACCUUGUUCAGAGAACAAUGCAGGCUUGCACUGCUUUGGCAUUUAAUCUUCGCAGGAAGACAGAGUUCCUUGUGGCUUUGGCAGAUUAUUCUGUUAAGUGCUUUGAUACAGGAACCCAGGAGCUAGUUAGUUGGAUGAGAGGCCACGAAUCUUCAGUGUCUUCCAUCUCUGUCCAUAGCUCGGGCAAGUAUGCCAUCACUACUUCCACUGAUACAGCUCAACUGUGGGACUUGGACACCUUUCAAAGAAUAAGAAAGCUGAAUGUUCGUCAGUCUGUGGGUAUACAAAAGGUUUUUUUUCUUCCAUUGAGUAACACCAUUCUCAGCUGUUUCAAAGAUAAUUCUAUUUUUGCAUGGGAAUUUGACACUCUUCACUGUAAAUACCAGUUGCCAGCUCCCGUAGAAGGUUCUGUAUUAUUUUAUAAGGUGUUUGCAGUUACCAGGGAUAGUCGGACUUUGGUGGCUGGUGGGAAAUCAAAUCAUCUUCACUUAUGGUGUUUGGAGUUAAAGCAGUUGAUAAGAAUAAUCCAGAUGCCUGAGAAAGUGCGAGCUGUUCGUCACCUGGAAUUCCUCCCUGACAGUUUUGAUGGGGGCUCCAAUCAGGUCCUCGGAGUGUUAAGUCAAGAUAAUAUUAUGAGAUUUAUCAAUAUAGAAACAUGCAAACUUCUUUUUGACAUUGGGAGUCCUGAAGAGGGAAUCAGUACAGCAGUGAUUAGCCCCAAUGGACGGUACAUUGCCUCAGUAAUGGAAAAUGGAAGCCUUAACUUAUACAGUGUCCAAGCUUUGACUCAAGAAGGAAAUAAGCCUUCACUAUUCAUGUUCAAAGUUGUAGAAGACGGGCCCAAGUACACGUCAGAGGCAAAUAAACUGAUCACAAAAGUGACUUCAGGAAGUUCAAAGGGGCCAUGGAAAUCCAAACAAAGCAAAACUCAAAGCAGAUUGCUAAAACUGCAAGCAAAUACAACACUUGAAAAUAAAGAGAACGAAUUGCCAGGUGGAUUAAACAAGAAACGUCUGCAGGCCCUACUGAAAGGAUUUGGAGAAUAUCCAGCUAAGUACAGGAUGUUUGUUUGGCGUUCCUUAUUACAACUUCCUGAAAACCACUUGGCAUUCAGUAGCCUGAUAGACAGGGGAAUCCACAGUGCAUUCCUAAAUAUUCAGAAACAGUAUCCUAUCAAAAGUAGGAAACUGCUGAGAGUUCUACAGAGGACCUUGUCAGCUCUAGCUCACUGGUCUGCUAUCUUUGCUGAGACACCCUACUUGCCUUUGCUAGCAUUCCCAUUUGUAAAAUUAUUCCAGAACAACCAGCUGAUCUGCUUUGAAGUUGUUGCUACAGUAGUAGUUAAUUUUUGUCAGCACUGGUUUGAGUACUUUCCCAAUCCUCCAGUUAAUGUCCUUGGUAUGAUGGAAAAUGUUUUGGCACAUCAUGACAAAGAACUACUUCAGCAUUUAAUAAAAUACAAUGUGACUUCACAGGUUUAUGCUUGGCCUCUCCUAGAAACACUAUUAUCUGAGGUUCUAACAAGAGAAGAAUGGCUGAAAGUCUUCGACAAUAUUUUCUCCAACCAUCCUUCAUACUUUCUAAUGAUUGUCAUUGCCUACAGUAUAUGUUCCAGAGCUCCCUUACUCCACUGUAAUCAAGCUGCAGAUUUUGAGUAUUUCUUUCAUCAUCGUAACAACGUGGACAUUAAUGUUGUGAUUAAGGAAGCCUAUCGUCUUAUGGAGGCUACACCACUGGAUAUCCAUCCACAGCAUAUGCUUGAUGACUUCACACCACUCACAAAAGGACAGUACCCUGUAUUUAAUAAAUAUCCCACGUACAUUGUGGAUUAUCAAGCUCAGGAAUGGCAGAAGAUCAGACAAGAUGAAAUUGAAUACUUGCGAGAGAGACAAUUAGCACAUGAAUCAGAAGCCAAAGCACAGCAACAGAAAGCAGAAGAUGAAGCUUGGUAUAGAAAGCAGAAAUUACUUCAAGAAGCUGAAGAAAAGAGGCGAAAAAUCCUUCUGGAGGAAGAAGAGAAGUUGGCAGAACAGAGGCAGAGGCUUGCUGCUGGGAAAAGAGAAUUGAAAGUAAAGGAACUGCAACUUUUAGAUGCUUCAAGAAGGCGUUUUCGGAACUACCAGCAAGAUCAGCUUCAAAUGAAACUGAAACAUCUCGAUGAUGAAAUUGCAAGAAAGGCAUCUCUGAGAGAGCAGGAAACAGCUGCUGCUGUUCAAGAUAUAGAACUACAAUGGAUGGAACUUGAAUCACAAAAACAGCUUUUUGAACAGCAUCUAAUCAAAGACCAAGAGGCAGUUACAAAGGAAAUGAAAGAAGACAUGGAAGCCCAUCGAAGAAAGGUGGAUCUGGAAGAUCAACAUAUUCAGAGAUGGAUAGAAGUAGAUAGAGAAGAAAUUCAGAAAGCUCAUACAGUGGCUGAAGAAAAUUUAACCAAAGCUGAGCAGAAGCACAUUGAUACCAACUGGAGGCUGCAAGCACAGCAGAGAUUCAGGCGUGAUGACCAGGACCGGGAGAAGUGCUACAGAGAGAUUGUCAAGCUCCUGCAUGACAACAGGGUGAAAGAAGCUGAACUGCUGAAAGCCAUGAGGGAGACAGAAGAAAAAAAGUGGGAAGAUGUUGUACACAAUAAAGCUCAGCUGGAGGAAGAGCAGAAGGCGGCUGCUGCUGCAGAUGCACACAGGAAGCAGCUCUUAGAUGGCAAAAUGAAUGAUGCACUAGAAUUGGCGGAGAAGCUGCAAAGGGAAGAUGGCUGUUUUGAGCAACUGCGUGAUUUAAAGGCCAGGUGUACAGAGAGAGGGGUAGAAGUCCAGCAGGUGCCAAAGUCUGGAAGCAUCUGUCUCGAUGAUUUGUCUACAUUAGCAUCAUCACCACACAACAGAAGACGAGCAGAACUGGCACCCCAGGAGCGGGAGCUGAUGGCAGAAGUCUGGCGGCUCCGACAAAGGCUCACCUCACAGGCCAAAUCCAGGUACCCUCCAGCUCAUUCCCCAGCUACAAUGCAGUCACCUUGAGAUGACCUGCUCUGGACCUUAGCUGUACUUUCAAAUUACUAAUCAGUGAAAAGCUAAAUAUGUAUAGUGUGAUUCAGGAUGGAUCAUAGACUGUUUAUUAAAGGCUUUUGGAGAUAUUUUUA